GUGCCUGCGGAGCACAGGAGAAGCCCAAGUGUGUGGCUGCUUUUCUCUUUGGUGAGCAGGACAUGGGUGGACUUCCCAGUGCCAGGUGGGUGAGAAAUGCCUGUUCUCAGCUGUUUACCAGCUUCCAGGCGCCACACUGGCAGCACCUCUCUCUUUCAGCUGGGGCGAUGCCGGAGCGUGAAGGAGUUUGAGAAGCUGAACCGCAUUGGCGAGGGCACCUAUGGCAUUGUAUAUCGGGCCCGCGACACACAGACAGACGAGAUCGUUGCCCUGAAGAAGGUGCGAAUGGACAAGGAGAAGGAUGGCAUCCCCAUCAGCAGCCUGCGGGAGAUCACUCUGCUCCUGCGCCUUCGCCACCCAAACAUUGUGGAGCUCAAGGAGGUGGUUGUCGGGAACCACCUGGAGAGCAUCUUCCUGGUGAUGGGUUAUUGUGAACAGGACCUGGCCAGCCUCCUAGAGAAUAUGCCGACGCCCUUCUCUGAAGCUCAGGUCAAGUGCAUUGUGCUGCAGGUGCUCCGGGGCCUCCAGUACCUUCACAGGAACUUCAUCAUUCACAGGGACCUGAAGGUGUCCAACCUGCUCAUGACUGACAAGGGCUGUGUGAAGACAGCGGAUUUUGGCCUGGCCCGGGCCUACGGUGUGCCAGUCAAGCCAAUGACCCCCAAGGUGGUCACCCUCUGGUACCGUGCGCCUGAGCUGCUGCUGGGAACCACCACCCAGACCACCAGCAUCGAUAUGUGGGCGGUGGGUUGCGUUCUAGCCGAGCUGUUGGCCCACAAGCCCCUUCUCCCAGGCACCUCUGAGAUUCACCAGAUUGACCUAAUCGUGCAGCUGCUGGGGACACCCAGCGAAAACAUCUGGCCGGGUUUCUCGAAGCUGCCCCUGGCUGGCCAGUACAGCCUGAGGAAACAGCCGUACAACAACCUCAAGCACAAGUUCCCCUGGCUCUCGGAGGCUGGACUACGCCUGCUGAAUUUCCUCUUCAUGUAUGACCCCAGGAAAAGGGCAACCGCGGGAGACUGCCUGGAGAGCUCCUACUUCAAGGAGAAGCCCCUGCCCUGUGAGCCGGAGCUCAUGCCCACCUUCCCCCACCACCGAAAUAAGCGAGCUGCCCCGGCCACUGCAGAGAGCCAGAGCAAGCGGUGUAAGCCCUGAGGUGGGCCUGCGUCAGAUGGCCAGGCCUGCAGUGGACUGGGGAUGCCCCUGCAAGUCAGGUUGGGCCUCCUGGGAAGUCGGCAUGCAGCUUGUCCCCAGGCUGCCCUCGACCAUCCUGUUCCUGGAGCUGACUCCACCCUGCCUGUGCCCAGAACCAGGCCGGUAUGCACUUGGGGUGCAGUAGGGGCGGGAGCUGCAGCCUGUGUGCCCAGGUGAGCCGAGUUGUUGUGGCAACACCUGGUGGCUGGGCAGGGUCUUGUCUGGCAGAAACUCCUGAGAGGACACACUGGUGCUGAAAUCUCAGGCGGUACAACUUAGUGGGGUCUUGGAGCCAGGGGUGGGCACUGGCCUCUGAGGACUGCUGUGCUGUUGCCUCUUGGUCACAGGGGCUGCACAGGGCUCAGAGAAGCUGUGGUGACCCUGGGCAGGGCUGGGAAGGGGGGCACCCUUGAAACUCCUAAGAGAAGCAGCUGGCUCCCAUCCUGAGCAAGAGAAACACUUUCCUAAUAGACCUGGUUUCACCAUUGUUUAA